AUGUUCCUUGGCCAUGCUUUAACAGCACAACUUGAACUUAACUCAACUACCUACACAUACCUAUCCAUAACCACACGCUUCACAUCCUCCAUACCGCCUCAAUCACUCAAGUGGCCCUCGGAAACAGAUCUGAAAUCUCCAAAAUAUCAGCCAAGGAUCACACAAUCAGAUAGAGCAAGACCACACAAGCUUAGCAAUCUCUCGUCCAAUCUCACUGCCAUGGCUUCACCAGAGGACAUUGUCAUGGGAGACGGAAGGGAAGACCCCCAACCCCAGGAGCCCUUUGUCCCUUUCACCCUGGAAGAAAAUAUCGGCCAGCUCAACUCCAUCGACCGGUCCAUUGUCCAGCUGAUGAACCACACUGCCACUGCGCUUGGCGCCCUCACCACGCCAGCGUCAUCCGACGACAGCAAUCCUUCAGCAUCAGUAGAGUCAACAGCGCAAAAGGAGGCAUUCAGGGAGGCCACAGGUACUUUUCUUGAUACGCUCCAUAGUAUCGACGUACGAAUGAAGCGCCAAAUCCUCGCACUAGAAGAAGCGGGCAUCGUCAAUCUAUCCAGCGGACCUCGGCAAGGCCGCAACACUACUGUUAAGCCAUCUCUGAAGCCUAAUGGCAUGGGAGCCAUCGGAAAUCUGGAUGUUGGGUGGCUGAACAGUCGGAGUACCAAAGUUGAACGAGAUAUGGAGCUGGAGCUGUGGAGAAGGGCGCGGGAGCUCCUUGAAAAGGACGAGGGGAGCGUCAAGAAGGAGUAG